GACCUGAUGCGGCUUGCCAGAAGAGCAGAAGAGCCCUCGGCAAAUGCCACUGUCCACCAGCUGCUUAGUCAAGGUGCGGACCCAAACGCCUGCUGCCUUCCAACCGAGCCCGGCCAGGGAUGCCCUGUCCUCCACGCUACUGCGGACAUAAACAACAACGCCAUUGUUGCGACCGCUUUGCUGGAAGCGGGAGCGGAGGUGGGAGCGACUUGCAGAGAGAAUUGGACGGCGUUGCACAUUGCAUCCGGCAGCAACGCCGAGAAAGUGGGACUCGUUCUACUCAACUUCGGGGCGAGCGUCUCUGACAGGACCAAUCUUGAAGAGACACCGCUCCAUUGGGCCGCAGACCGGGGCAAUCUGGGUACAUUGAGGUUGCUUAUUGACUUUGGUGCUGACGUGGAUGCUGGGAAGCAUGACGGCUUUACGCCUCUGCAUCUGGCGGCGUUUAGAGGCUUUGCGAGUGUGGCAGAGCUGCUUGUGGAACGUGGGGCAGAUAUUCUGGUGACGAACAAUGAUGGAAAAACGCCAGGUGAAAUCAUUUGCAAAGAUGCACUAGGCUGCCAGGAACCCACCAGAGAAGCGCUGACGAAUUUGUUAUUGUGA